ACCUACAGCCUCCCUAGGCUGGCCUGCCUUCUCGCUUAUACGAAGUGCCUGGGGAGUUCUAUGCCCCUCUCACAGCCAGAUCGUUCGCCCAAAAUAAUACAUUGGCUUUGGGAUUAGCGGCUGCUACGACCGUAAACUCCGCCGAGAAGUUACUAUAUCAUCUUCGUUUGGACGCUUUAUGACAUAUUCGUCUUCAUCACCAAACAAGUUUAAAGAAAACAGAUAUCUAUCUCGAGCUCUUCCACCCCAGCAAAAAUUAACUUUUACUACUGAUCAAUAUGGCUACUCCAAAAACUACAAUGAAGGUUGUCUUCGGUUCCAUGACCAUUGGUAGACCAGGUAUAUAUCUACCUCAUUUAACUUUGUAAACUCGGGCUCACAAUUUCCAGGCGAAACCAUUCGUAUCACAACCGUUGAAGGUGCUCAAAAGAUCCUCGAUGUAUUCCAAAAACAUGGACAUUCAGAGGUCGACUCUGCCCGGGCCUACGGCGGCGGUUCAACCGAAGAAAGACUUGCAGAAAUUGGCUGGCAAUCUCGUGGUCUCAUCAUGCAAACCAAGCUCUAUCCCACCAAGGGAAGAGGCAUGACAGCACUCAGCAGAGAAGAAUACUCCCAUACCGCCGCCGAUAUCCGUCGCGGUUUCGAAGCCAGUAUGAAAGCGCUCAAAGCCGAUCGAAUUGAGAUGUUUUACCUCCACGGCCCAGACCGCAAUACACCAUUUGAAGAAACCCUCAGCGAGGUUAACAAGCUCCAUCAAGAGGGAAAAUUCGACCGUUUCGGUAUCUCCAAUUAUGCAUCCUGGGAAGUAGCCAGAAUGUGUGAUAUUGCCGAGAAAAACGGCUGGAUCAAACCAUCCGUCUAUCAAGGCCUGUACAACGCAUUCAAUCGAUCCAUUGAAGCUGAACUUAUUCCCUGUCUCCGUCACUACGGAAUUGCCCUCUACGCAUUCCAACCUCUAGCUGGAGGGUUCCUAACUUCUAAAUAUCAUCGCGAUCAAACCGAAUAUGAAGCCAACUCACGUUUCGAUCCCGCCAAAUUUCAAGGAAAAUUGCAUCACGGUCGUUACAUUAAUGAGCGAAAUUUCUACGCUUUAGAAGAUAUCCUUAGACCUGUGUGUAAGAAAUAUGGGCUCACAGAGGCAGAAUGUGGAUUGAGAUGGAUGAUACAUCAUUCGGUUAUGAAGAAUGAGUUAGGCGAUGCGGUAAUUGUGGGGGCUAGCAGUCCAGAGCAGUUAGAGCAGAAUUUGGUGGAUUUGGAGAAGGGAACAUUGCCGGAUGAGGUGGUGGAGGCAUUGGAGGCGGCGUGGAAGCAUAUUUCUGGGGUUUAUAAGUAUUUCCAUUAGAUGGAAGGUUGAUAUUGAGAGGAUAUGGCGGAGAAGUGGGAAUUAGUUAUUCGGUUAAAAUUAAAAGAAGAUGAUUAGCAAGUAGUCGAUCAGCUCUCAAAUCCAAUCUC